UUAUCUAGAAAACAAGAAAUAUGGGUAAUUUUUGUUCUUGUUAAUUUGUUAUUCAGUCAUAUGGUGUGUAUACUAUUGAGCACAAACUUUUUUGUCUGUACUUUGCUGAAACCGUAAUCCACACAUAAAUACCAGUGUUAUUUCAUAAGAAUAACUCCAACCAUUAAGCUUUUAAAAUGUCGUUCCUCUCUGAAAAUGUUAUCACUACGUUAAUAGGUUUUGAGACUGAUGUUAAUUGAAACUAGUCAUUUUCCUCCUCUCACUCAGUAUAUGUGAUGGUUAAAAGUUUUAACUAACAAAAACUAUUCAAACUGAUUUAGAAAAUAAAACUUGAAUUUUUGACAAAAGCGACUUUUAUCUGAACUAGUCUUUGAUUCAGAGAUAAUGACAGACAGAUCAUUAAAUGAUUAAGGUGACUUGAAACAAAAUGUAUUCAUGACCUAGUGGAAACGUACUCUCUAAUGACAUUUAACUGUUUUUUUGUUGCUAAUCAUGUGUUUUGUGUUUAUUUUGUUGAGCUACCGAAUCAACUGGUUUCUUCAGUUGAACGCUUACCAUUAACUACCGGUGGUGCACCUCUGAUUAUACGUGGGAAAGAUUUCCGUGUAAUUCGUUUGAUUGUCCUAAAAGAACGAAAUUGUCAUGAUGUGUACAUAACGUUGACACGAUUACUUCAUGUUGCACAUGUAUCCGAACUCCCGUGUUAUCGGUUUGUUCCACCUGAUUGUUACUGGUCUCGAGAAGAAGGCUGGUCAUCAUUUUCGCUGGAAUCUCAAUAUAGCCGAUUUGGAUUGCCUAAUUCUCUUUGGAGUUCAACUUCCGUCAAUAAGAAUUUUGAGAUAUGUGAUACUUAUCCAACUGUGUUGUAUGUUCCAAGUAUGAUAUCAGAGAAUAUUUUGUAUGGAAGUUCACGUUUUCGCAGCCGUGGUCGAUUUCCUGUCUUAACUUAUUUACAUCCGAAUGGAAAGUCAGCUUUAUGUCGAAGUAGUCAACCAUUAGCUGGUUUUUCAUCAAAAUCAACUGAAGAUCAAGUACUUUUAGAAGCUAUACGUAAUUCAAAUCCUGAUUCGAAUUUAUUAUAUAUUGUUGAUACACGACCAGCAAUUAAUGCAUUGACUAAUCGUGCACAAGGCAAAGGUUAUGAAGAUACAAAUGUUUAUCGUAAUGUUGUCAUACAAUUUUUUGACAUAGAAAACAUUCAUGUUGUUCGUUCAUCAUUAGAAAAAUUAUUAAAAGUCUGUUGUAACCCAACAGUCAAUUUGGAACAAUUUACUUCUGGUUUAAAUAAAUCCGGUUGGUUAAAACAUUUACAUGCUAUAUUAGAAGCAUCUUAUUUUGUCGCGAAACGAUUAGAUGAAGGCAAUUCUGUUCUUGUACAUUGUUCCGAUGGAUGGGAUCGUACUGCUCAAGUUUGUUCUUUAGCUCAAAUUAUAUUAGAUCCGUAUUAUAGAACAUUUCUAGGAUUACAAGCUUUAAUUGAAAAAGACUGGAUACAAUUCGGUUAUAAAUUCACUGAACGAUGCGGUUUAGUGUCAAAUGUUGAUCCGCGUGAAAUUUCUCCAAUAUUCACACAAUUUCUUGAUUGUUUACGACAUUUGCUAGAAAUUUGCCCAACUAAAUUUGAGUAUAACAUUAAAUUAUUAAAGCACUUACAUGAUCAAAUUUAUUCAGCUGUUUAUGGAACAUUUAUUGGAUGUAGUGAAAAAGAGAGAAUCGGUUUAGAAGUUCAAAAACGUACCUACUCUUUAUGGAGUUGUUUAAAUCGAUAUCGUGACAAAUGGAUCAAUCCAUUUUAUGAACAUAAUUAUGUAUGGACAGAUUUUUCUACUAGCAGUAACUCGGAUUACAAUAAACCAUCUUAUUUUGAAACUGAUGAAUUAAUUACUGCCGGAAUUGAAUUGAUUGAUGAUGGUAAAGGAAAUAGUCGAUAUGCAGCGGAUAUGUUACCUGCACAUAUUCUGUGUGCACCAUUAUUUCGUUUAUGGCGUGAUCUUUAUUUACGUUGGGAAUGGCGUUUACCUAAAUAUGAUUUACAACGUGAAAAUCAUGCUUCCGAUUAUUUAUCCGGUCUAACAACUUUACUUGAUCAUAAUCGACUUUUAGAGGCUAGAAUUGGUCAAUUGAAAGAAUUAUUAAAGUGUAAUAAUGUACAUCAAAAGAAUAAUUUAUAUAAUUCAACAGAUAAAUCUAUCAUAUCAAAGCAUGUGAACAACGACGGAAAUGGACAAACAAUGGUAGACACUGUUUCAAAUUCGUUUCAUUCUCAUAUUCUUAUGAAACAAAAUUCAGUAACAAAUGAUCAAAAACAACUAUCUCAACCCACUGUUGAACAGUUAAAAUGUGAAAUGAGUAUCAUCAAUGUGAACUGGGCUCCUUGUUUAAAAUCAGGAAGUUUAUGCUGUGUAUGUAGUAGUCUGUUAGCUUUAUCAAAUCAAUCCGUGCAUUGUCACUCAUGUGGUCUGCUUACAUGCUCCCGGUGUAUUCAUCCAAACCCACCAAUAAUUCCAAGUUUAUGGUCAACUGAACAGAAGUUUGUACAGCUUUGUAAUUCAUGCGUCACUCAUUUACGCGACACUUAUAAUUAUAAUAAUAACAACAACAGUAGUAGCACUGGUAAUAGUGGUUGUUCUCUUGUAAAACAUUUUACUCAACUAAAAUCACUCCAAAUUCCUGCUGCUGCUGCUGCUACUACCAGAGUAAAUAACGUCUGUCCAUCUUCAACAGACAGACGUACUUCGUGAUCAACAAAUUUGUUUGAUUGAUUUAUCGAUUGAUAACCAACUCGAUAUUGAUUUGUGUUGUGCAUUUGGUUAGCACAAAAUUUUGUGUCAUUCUCUUUCUUCAGCCAUGAUUAUUUGAUACUACACUUGAAGAACUGACAAAAUAAUGUGAGAACUUUCAUUGAAAAUGAACGAUCUGUGAUUCAACUGCUUUUCUUUUACUGUAUAUAUGACCAACAUCAUCAUCAUGUUUGAUGUAGCCAAUCAGGUUCAUGUCUUUUUUUGUGUAUUUAUUAUUUCAUAACACCAACAACUAAUUCAUUUUGUUGUUUGUUUAUGAUUGGUGUCCUGUUUUUGCCAGAAAAUUAUAUCAUGUGAACAAUUGAUCUUUCCCACUUUCAUCUUCUUCUACCCACUCACUUUAGCAAUUGGUCCAGUGAAUUGUUUUUUUUGUUAGACUCUUCUUUUUUAAUCCUAUCUCCUUUUCACUUGGUUAUUUUUACUUCUUAAACAUUUUGCUGAAAAUCCUCCAGGACUUUAAAUAUAGUAUUUUGGUGAUUUUUUAAAAUUAUCUCUGAUUUGUGAAUGAGGCAUAGAGUGAGGAAUCGGGAAUAAAAUUCAUGGUUAGAAGUUAAGGUUUGAAAUUAAAGUUAGUGUUUUCAUCAUAAACUGAUACCAGCUUUAGUGCUGCAAUGCCAUUCAGUCAUAUGCAUAAAGACUUUGUCUUAAAUGUUAUUAGUUCGCCCAUAGCUUAUAGUCUCAUCGCUCUCAGUUUUGGGGUACACACACUUCAAAUGCAUAUGUUAUGUUCGUCGUUAAGCAGCUGAUGACGGGCUAAUUUCAAACUCGAAAGGAGAACAAUGUAGGAUUUUCGUUGCAUAACGUUAGAUUCACCACAAUAAAGCACCCGAAGUCGAUGAAGUAAAAAGCUCUUCGAGUAUUCGGAAUACUUAUUUGGAACAGUGAAAGAAAUAUCGUAUGUGGUU